CUCUUCUUCCUUGGUUCUUCGAGAGAAGGGCACACAGACAAGAAAGAUAGGUCCCCAUGGAUGAAUGGUUUUUUUGGAUUUGACGGAGAUUUCAUGGAAACCAGGUCUUCAUGGGUUGAACUUGAAGAAUCAUGGGGAGUUGCAGUGAAGAGGAAGAGGAUCGAUUCUUCGAAUCCCGGGAGGAGCUCGCAUCCUUGUCCGACUCGGGAUCGGAUCACCGGCAGAGUUUUGAGUCCAGUUCCGGGCCGGUAAAUUGGGUCUCGGGUAGUUUCCAAUACGAGGUCUGGGUGAAGAUCCCAGAAAGCAUUCGUGAGCGCCGGAAUAAAUUUCUGAAAUGGAUGGGUUUAAAUUUAGAUGGCACCACAGCUGAUGAUUCCCGAGUUGGUUCCCUUGUCCAAGAAGUGGAAACCGAGAGAAUCACAGAGAACAGUGGGUCUGUGCUCAGAAGUUCUGAUUUUGAAAAUGGGUUUUCAUCAAGUCGCUCUUCCUUUUCUUUCUGGUCCAAUGAUGCUCCAAAUUUUUCAGAAGAUGGCGUCUCGGCUGAGAAUUUUGUUUGUAGAAUAAAAAACUUAGAUGAUGGGACAGAGUUUGUUGUGGAUGAAUUAGGACAGGAUGGGAUGCUCAGCCGCCUCCGUCAAGUCGGUUCGAAUCGUCUGGUUACACUGGAAGAGUUUGAGAAAACUCUCUGGUUAUCUCCUCUGGUGCAGCAAUUUAUGCGGAGAGAAGUUGUAGAAGCAAGCAAUUCAGUGGAUAAGGCAAAAAGAGUAAAGAGGGGGUGGUUAAGGAGGCUCUUGUGUUGCAUUGUAUGUAGGCAAGGGGAUGCUGGUGAUUCCCUGUGCCACUACUCUAACACAGCUUUGGGGCGUAGAGUUCAGAAGGUCAGGGUUCGCCCUUAUAGGAAACGGUCCAAGGAGCUCUCUGCCCUUUAUAGGGGACAAGAGAUAUCUGCUCACGAGGGUUCAAUAUUGACAAUGAAGUUCAGUCUUGAUGGGCAGUGUCUGGCAAGUGCUGGUGAGGAUGGGGUUGUGCGUAUUUGGCAGGUAAUAGAGGCUGAGAGAUCAAGUGAAGAUGGUAUUCUGGAUAUUGAUCCCUCCUUUGUAUACUUUACUAUUAAUCAUUCUUCUGAGCUGGUUCCCCUUUUUGCGGAUAAAGAGAAACCGUGUAACUUCAAGACUCUGAGAAAAACUUCGGACUCAGUCUGUGUCAUCUUACCGCCAAAGGUCUUCCGGCUAUCUGAAAAACCACUUCAUGAGUAUCAUGGGCACAGUGGUGAGGUCUUGGAUCUGUCAUGGUCAAAGGACAAGUAUCUACUUUCAUCCUCCGUGGAUAAAACUGUCCGAUUGUGGCGUGUGGGAUUUGAUGGAUGCCUCAGGGUCUUCUUCCAUAAUAAUUAUGUAACAUGUAUUCAGUUCAACCCUGUGAACGAUAAUUACUUCAUUAGUGGCUCGAUAGAUGGAAAAGUCCGGAUCUGGGAAAUUCCUGGUUGUCAAGUCGUUGAUUGGACUGAUGUAAGAGAAAUAGUCACUGCUGUGUGUUACCGGCCGGAUGGACAGGGUGGGAUUGUUGGAUCCCUGACUGGUAAUUGUCGCUUCUAUGAUGCAUCAGGUAAUUGUCUGCAACUGGAUGAUCAAAUAUGUUUACUAGGUAAAAAGAAAAAGAGGAUCACUGGCUUUCAGUUCUCCCCAAGUGAUCCUAGCAAAGUAAUUGUCACCUCUGCCGAUUCACAUGUCCGAAUUCUUGAUGGAGUUGAUGUCGUCUGCAAAUUCAGGGGCCUUUGGAAUGCAGGGAGUCAGAUGCCUGCAUCUUUUACUGCAGAUGGGAAGCAUGUAAUCUCUUUAAGUGAGGAUUCUAAUGUGUAUGUCUGGAAUUACAAUACCCAAGAUGGACCUGUGCCCUCCCAGGCGAAAAGCAUUUCGUCUUGCGAGCGCUUCUUCUCUGACAAUGCAUCAAUCGCUGUACCUUGGUGUGGCUUGAGAUGUGGGCCUGCCGUUAGUUCCACUGUAUCUGACACUCGUCCAUCCCCUAAAAAAAUUGGGGAUCCACCAGCUAGUGAGACAGCAAAUGGAUGGAUGCAUUGCCAGUUGGACAAGAAUUUGCAAAAUGUCUUGCCAAGAAUUUCUGACGCUUCUUCACCUGAUUGUUUCUCUCUGAGCCAUGGAUUCUUCUUGGAGGCUUUGCCAAAGGGCUCUGCUACAUGGCCCGAGGAGAAGCUUCCUGCAUCAGGCUUACUGUCUGUGUCAGCAACAGUGCGUAAAUCCCAGUACAAGUUUCUAAAGACUUCCUGCCAGAACUUGCUCAGUUCUCAUGCAUGGAGUUUGGUUAUUGUAACAGCAGGUUGGGAUGGACGUAUCCGAUCAUUCCUCAAUUAUGGAUUGCCGGUUCGUAUUUGAAACAGUAUAGCCUCAGGAUGGCUUUUGGAGAGUCUCACUGGGGUCAUUUCAACAUAUGUUGCUGUCCCUUUUCCUGAUAUUGGAUCCUGCAGAUAUUCCGAUUGCUCAGCCCAAGAAAGAAGUGAUAUGUUUUGCUUAUGCCUGCCUCGUCAAGUUGUGAUAUGGUGUUUGGUGAGUGGGCUGAAGACUAAAUUUUCUUGGCCUCAGCAGGUUCCUUGUGCAGUGUAAAGAUGUUUUGAGAAACUAGGGUUCUCUGUUUGGGCCCUUACAUAUAUGUUAUACCAUACCCUUAUUACGUAUCCGUGGUUGUAGUCAGGGCCUGGUGACAAGAAGAGGCCAGGUUUUUUUCUUCUGGGUUGGAAAUCCAGUUUAUUAUACGAUUCUUUUAUUUGUUUGUUGGAGGUGGUGGCUACCUGAAGGAAAUGGAGGGAGGGCCAAUGUGGAAGGGCAUUCGAGAUAAUCUCUGUAUAAUUAG